AUGGAGCACCUGAAGAACAUCUCGCCCAUCGACGGGCGGUACAAAAAGGCGUGCGGCGAACUGUCGGCGUUCUUCUCCGAGCACGCGUUGAUAAAGCACCGGAUCAUCGUCGAGGUGCGGUGGCUUCUCUUCCUCAACGAGGAGGAGCUCUUCUUCGAAAAGGUGACCGACCACUCGGUGGAGGUGCUGAACCAGAUCGCCACAAACAUAACGGACAGCGACAUUGCAAGAGUGAAAGCGAUAGAGGAGGAAACCAACCACGAUGUAAAGGCAGUAGAAUAUUUUGUGAAGGAAAAAUUGAAAAACUCAAAAAGGGAAGACCUCCUAAAGAUAAAAGAAUACGUACACUACCUCUGCACAAGUGAAGAUAUUAACAAUGUAGCUUAUGCCACCUGUCUGAAGGCAUGCCUAAACGAUGUAGUAAUCCCCUGCUUGGAAAAAAUAAUGCUCAAGCUGAAGGACCUAGCUGUGGAGUACUCCCAUGUGCCGCUACUCUCAAGGACACAUGGCCAACCUGCAUCUUCCACCACAUUCGGAAAAGAAAUGGCUAAUUUCUACGCGAGGAUACACCACCAUGUGGGGGUCAUUAGAAGAGUGAAGGUAUGUGCAAAGUUUAACGGAGCUGUGGGGAAUUUCAAUGCGCAUAAAGUGGCCAGCAAAGACACCGACUGGGUGAAUACCAUUGGAUUAUUUUUAAAAAAGCAUUUCAACUUAACAUACAGCAUAUAUUGCACGCAGAUACAAGACCAUGAUUACAUAUGCGAGCUGUGUGAUGGUCUGGCUAGAGCAAACGGUACUCUGAUUGACCUCUGCGUAGAUAUCUGGUUAUACAUUUCUAAUAAUUUACUAAAGCUCAAGGUGAAGGAGAAGGAAGUUGGGAGCAGCACCAUGCCACAUAAGGUCAACCCAAUUGACUUUGAAAAUGCAGAGGGGAACUUACACAUCGCCAAUGCUUUCUUCAAACUGUUUAGCUCUAAAUUGCCUACCAGCAGGUUGCAGAGGGAUCUCUCGGACUCUACUGUGUUGCGCAAUAUUGGAAGCUCCCUUGCCUAUUGCCUCAUCGCCUACAAAUCGGUGCUAAAGGGACUUAACAAAAUUGAUAUUGACAGGAGGAACCUAGAGGAGGAACUUAACCAAAACUGGUCCACUUUAGCAGAACCCAUUCAGAUUGUGAUGAAGCGGCACAACUAUGUAGAUGCGUAUGAGGAGCUUAAGCAAUUCACUAGGGGGAAAGUUAUCGACCAGAAAAUUAUGCAAGAAUUUAUUAAAACAAAAUGUGCCUUCCUCCCCCAGGAUGUCGUGGACCAGCUGUUGGAGUUAACUCCCGCGACGUAUACUGGGUAUGCCGACUACUUGGCCAAGAAUGUGGAGCGGCUAUCUGGGGAGCGAGACUGAGCCACGCGUUGAGGUGUCUCUCUGCAGUGUGGCCCCAAUGUGGCUGGGUGGCUAGCCAUGCAGCAGCUUUCCCAAUUGGGGGAAACCAGGGGAGAGGCGUUCAGGGAAAACCCCCUCGAGUUACUUCCCCCCCCAACGA